AUGGUCUCAGGUUUAUACGUAAGCACAAUGAAGAAGAGUAACAGGAAGUCUACCACAAGGAUCGAUGAGCAUGAGGACAUCUGUGUCCCAGACGCCGAGGACCCAGGAGAGCUUCAGAAUAUGUUGGACGGAGGAGAGUACGCCCCCUUUGUAUCUCCUCCCAUAUUAGAGAGCAAUUUUAUCCAGGUCAACAGGAGAGGUGAAUCCAUUUACCUUCACAACCGAGCCAACUGGGUGACUGUAGGCAUCUGUUCUUCCAGUCCCACCCUCAAGACCCCCAACGUGAUGCUGCUGGCACAUCUGACACCCGCUGCCCAGAAAGAUUCAGAACCCCUGUUUAAAAGUCUCUUGACAUCUCCUUCUCCAGAGAAUCUGGUGCUCACCAGGUUUCUUCCUCUGCAGUUUGUGACUCUCUCUGUGCAUGACGCUGAGAAUAUGCGCAUCAAAGUAAAGCUGGUGAGUGGCCGAGCCUACUACCUACAGCUCUGCACCCCUCCGUGCAGACAAGACUCCCUAUUCUCUCAGUGGGUGGAACUCAUCUCCCUCUUGAAAGAGGAGAAAGCCAAAGCUUCCAAAGUGUCGGAAGUCUCCAGCCUCUCGAAAAUCACAAAUAGCACAGAUAUCACAGGCUCAGUGGACAUCAUGGAUAUUGCAGCCUUCACAGCUGUACAGACCUCACACCUGUACACAUGUUCAGACCCCAUCAAUAACAUAGAAAGCAUUGAUUUCUCAGAAUUCACAGACAUCACCGAUGUCACCGACGUCACGGAUAUUCCAGAAAAUGAGGUCACCGAGGCCCCAGAUAUAAAAAUUGUCACAGAAGUCAUAGAAGUCACAGAUGUCUGUGAUGUCACAGUGGGCUCAGGGGUCACAGUGGUGUUUGAAAACGAUGACAUACUCAGGGCCAAGCGAGAGGAAAAGGAAAAAAUGGAAAACAUUCUGAAGUCUGGGUGUCUACGAGAUACAAAAAGUAAGAAUGAGUUUAGAGAAUCCUCGAAACAUGUCACCAUCUCAAACCUAACGCUGACUUUCGAAGGUGAAAGAUGCUUUCAAUCUACCUUGACUGCAGAAGAAGAUGAGACAAAUAAAUCCAAAGAGGUUAGCAAUAGACCCUCUGAAAUAAGGACAACUGACUCUAAAAGCACGGCUCUCAAGGCCGAAGAAUCCAGGAGCAGGAGAACUGAUUCAGACACUUCAGACAGCUCUCUAGAACUACAUGGUCCUGUAUGGUAACAACUGGGGACUUCCCUGGUGGCACAGUGGUUAAGAAUCCGCCUGCCGAUGCUGG